CAGCAGGGCACCACACCCAUUGGCCCUGGUCUGACUUUGUACUGGUUCUUUUGUGUUUGGUGAAUGAGACGUGCACAGAGAGGUGAGAGGUCAUGACUGAGACUCCUCCCACUGAGACUCCUCCCAUUCCUCCCACUCCUCCCAUGUAUUCGUACCACGAUUACUUUGAAACCCUAGCGCCUCUCGAAGAGACCAUCGCUGGACAGACCACUGGUGGUAUGUCGCCCGCCAUGAUUGGAGGGAUCUCUGGAGCGAUCCUCGUGGCUCUGCUCGCCGUCGCCGCCCUGCUGUUGUGGUACAUGUACCGCCAGACGGGCUCAUACUCCACCACCGAGGACAAAGGCCGGGACUCGGACCAGGAGCCGGACCAGGAGCCGGGCCAGAGCAGAGACCAGGAGGAAGACCAGGAUCUAGAAGAGAAGGAGGAAGAAGAAGACGAGGAGAGCGCACAGCCACCGACCACUGGAGAGGAAGAGUCUUCGUAAUCGAAACUCACAUUUUUUAUUUAUAUAUUUUUAUCCAUUUGUAUUUUUUUUUUAUUUGUUUUUUAAUUCAUAUUUGGAACAAUUUCAGUCUUCUUAAAGUGCAUCUAACAGAAUAUUCUAGAACAGAGGUGGACAAUUCUUUUUUCCAUGGGGCCACAUGAGAAACAGAAAAUAUUGUGGAGCCCAAAAUACUUAACUAAAUUCUGCAUAAUAUGAAUUGUAUUUCUUUAUAAAAAUCAGUAAAUAUCAUUGUUUUGUUGAGCUGGCCAGACUGGGAAGAGUUUAUGUUCUGACUAAGCAAUGAAAAAGUGAGGUUGCUUUACAAAAAAUGUCACUUAAAAAACACCUCUUUAAUAAAAGCAAUGCAGCUUUA